CCUUUCCUAUGACACCCACGUUCAGUUAACAGACACGGAAGUGCAGCCGUAAUUUAAAAUAUUCCUCCAAUUAUACUGUUGUCGAGAAUUCGAAAAAUCGAAGCCGCUUGCUAUUUGGCUUCGUUCUUUUAUGGAAACAUGCAUUGUUAGGCGAAAUAUCUUAACGGAAACGUACACUUUACACUUUUUUGUAUUUUUAAGUGGCUUGUUACGUAGCUGGCUAGUUGAAUCAGUUGGCACUGAACAUAGACCGUAUAAAAAUAGGCAGUGAACGACAGUAUGGAACUCGGAACACAUGAAUCGUUAAAAGAGAGGUUACAGUGGGUUAAGACACUUGUGCCGAAAUUUGAGUUCACCAGUGGGACACUGGUGGCGGUCUCUGUGUCUGUAAUUGCAUUCAUCGUAUCCAAAUGCUUUAACAUAUCAAUUGAUGUUUUCAGCCUGGGAACCAGCGUCAUUGUGAACGGGCAUGUUCACAAGCUCCUCACCUACUCCUUCUUCAAUAAAAACGCGACCCAGCUGCUUCUCAGCACCGUGGUACUGGCGCCCUUCGGCAGCACCCUGGAGAAGAGCGUCGGGACGGUGCGCUUCACGUACCUGUUGCUCCUGCUCUCCGCGUGGACCGGCAUGAUGCACGCGCUGCUGGAGCUGCUGCUGUUCUCGGAGGCAGAGCGGAGCCACGUGCAGGGCUUCGUCCCGGUGUCGCUAGCCCUCCUGGGCAUGACCACUGUUCACUCCCCUAUGCGGAAGGCGGUGCUGCUUGGCGUCAGCGUGCCCACCCCUGUUCUGCCCUGGAUUUUUCUGCUUUUCACGCUCAUCAUUCCAGACACUGUGUUUCUUUGUGAUGCCAUUGCCAUCCUCGUGGGAGAGAUCUAUGGCAUGGGAUGGUUUUCACUCCUGGACAUGUCAGAAGCCAGGGCAUCGGUUCUGGAUAAGAAAAUGCCCUUCAGGCUGCUGAGGACACUGGUGGGGGCACUGUACGUCCCCGCCUCUGUCGAAGAGAGACGAAAGACCCUACACCAGCCAUGCGUCCCACCCCCUGGGUCCUACCCUGUGCAGGCGUAUGCCCCUGCUUCUUCAGUCCCCGCUGCGCAGGCCUCGGACGCCUCGCCCCAGAUGUACGAGGGUUGGCAGCAUUCCACCUACGCACAGGGCAGCUUCACUCCACCCCUGCUCAGUCACGGGCACAGUCACGCGCACAGCUUUGGGCACAGUCACGAGCACAGCUUUGGACACAGCCACGAGCACAGUCACGGACACAGUCACGAGCACAGUCACGGACACAGCCACGCGCACGGUCACGUGCAAAUGGCCGCCCAUCAGACCAGUGGAUACUGGACACAAGGGGCUCCCUUUGGCCAACCCUACCCCAGUCCUCUCAGCUCUUAUCCUGUGCAGGCUGGUGGACACUGUCCCGCUCCACUGCUCCCUUCUGGGUUGCCAGAGAGUCUCCCAGACCCGUUAACGAGGCCUGGGGCGGUUCCCAGUUGAGCCUCUCAGUCCCAGUCCUGAGUGAGCUGACUGUUCGUGCUGGGAGAGCUGAAUCUGUUUCUAGAGGCUCUAACUUAUUCAGUUAGUCCAGUCAUUUGUUUAGACAUUUUUAGUUAGAGUUCUUGAUAAGCUUAUGAAUGACAGCUGAACACAGCUCCUGUGUCCCUAAAUUGAACAUAUUGCUGUGGUCCAAUGUACAAAUGAACCAGUUUUGGUGUAUAUAGCUAAGUGGCUGAUUGAGCCGAGGUGAUUUUUGGCAACAAAUUCCUGCGUACACGCUGCCGUCCAGGAAUGGGAUUGCCCAUCCGUGCCGUGUGCAGUGAUGCGUUGUCAAGGAGACCGAACUAUGAGCUGGCGUUGGGUGGGCUCACUGGGCAGGUUAUUUUUUCUGUGGUGUGCCUGGUAAGGAACAUGAGGUCAGCGUGCUGGCUCCCAAGCUGGGCAUGCUACAGUGUCAUGAAGUUUUCAAAGAGCAUCAUUUGUUUGACUCCCCGGGCCAGUGACGCAGGCCCAAGGUUCUGGGCACCUGCCAUUUCUAGAUUCAUGUUUUAUGCUGCGAUGCCGAAUUAUCGAGUACUUUCCACAUUCCUUCAUCAGCAUAACAGAAUUUAGGAGUUAGAGUUAGGGUCAUGGGAAGGUACUGACUGCUCCUGCCUUUUAGUUUGACUCACUGUUUUUUUAUACAUAGCUUUUUUUACUUGUUUUUCCCCUGGUAUCUGUAGUAGUGCCUCACAAGUCACAAAGUGCGGAGUGGCAGAGGUUGUUUCUUGGGUGGAACCAGUGCAGCAAUAAUUUGAGGGACCCUGACCAACUUAAACAUGCCCUACCCCUGCUCAGGACUCCCCGCCAUGGUUAUGAAAUAAGGUAGCCCAGGCUUGGACCUGCAGGUUUUCAGGGCCCAGCCUGCACUUACUCAAAUGAACUGGUUCGACUGGCUUUUGUGCUGAUACUGUACGUGCUUUACUGUACUCAAAAACUUGCAUUAAAAUCCCUUUCUUUAAAACAUAAUAAAACAUAUUUUAGAUAA